UUAUAAUGUAAAUUGUAUUUUGAAUGAAAAAUUCGUGUUAUUAAAUUUUAUAGAAAUUUCAAAAUACUUAAGCACAAGAAAUGGCUUUUUAUAUGCAUUGAUAUAUCAAUAAUUAGAAAUGUUCUUAUGGAAGUUCAACUUGGUGCCUUGGUGCUGAGCCCGACAUUAUUUAACAUCUACGUGGCAGGGCUGGAAGACAAACUAAGGAAAGGGCAAGCCGGGGGCAUAGCGAUAGGAGGAAGAAAGGUAUGGUCACUGACGUACGCAGAUGAUAUUGUAUUGACGGCGGAUAGGGAAGAGGAGCUAAAGGAGAUGCUAAGGAAAUUCAAAAAAUUUUUAAAAGAAGCAGAAUUGGAGCUAAGCACAGAAAAGACAAAAAUAGUAGUAUUCGAAAAAAGAAGAAACAAAAGGAGACAAAGAAAAUGGAAUUGGGGAGAGCAAGAACUAGAAGAAGUGGAGGAGAUAAGAUACCUAGAGUACAUACUACAGAAAAACGGCAGCGAUGAGAGGCACAUACAGGACAGGAAAAGGAGAGCGAUGAUAACAAUGAAGAAAACAUGGAGCAUGGGAGAAAGAAUAUUCAAACAGGACUACGAGAGGAGAAUGAAGAUGUUUGAAGCACUAGUAGAGAGCGUGGCGCUGUUUGGAGCAGAGGUAUGGGGUUGGAACAUGGAAGAAUUGCUGGAUAGGGUAAAAAGAGGGUACGUAAAAUGGAUCUUAGGUUUAGACAGGACAACACCAAACUACAUACUGACAGAAGAGUGCAAAAUAGAGGAAAUCAAGGUAAAAGCGUUAAAAAGAGCAGUAAGGUACGAGGAAAGAACUCUAGAAUCAGAAAAGGAGCUGGUAAAAGAGUGUAUAAAGGAGAGAGAG